CUCUCUCUCUGCUCGGGCAGCAGUGUGUUUUUAACAGCAUCAUCCUACGGACCUGCACCGCGUACUUUUUCUGCCGAGGCUGACUUUAGCCCCGCAUUUACAACCCCCCCCUCCCCCAAAACCAAUCUAAAUCACCAUAGACUUACACGAAACGAAGAGACCCUGAGCUGCCAGCGGCUCGACGGAGGAGCAUCUCGCAGACGUCUGAACCGCUCGUUUCCUGCCCUCCCUCGUCUCUCCGCAGGCUCCUCGGACCUCUCCCCCCGUCGACUCCGCACCCUCGCAAGGCAAAAUGGGGAAACAGAACAGCAAGUUGACCCCUGAAGUGAUGGAAGACCUGGUGAAGAACACAGAGUUUAAUGAGCACGAGCUGAAGCAGUGGUACAAGGGAUUCCUGAAGGACUGUCCCACCGGCCGACUCAACCUGGAGGAGUUCCAGCAGCUCUAUGUCAAGUUCUUCCCUUACGGCGACGCGUCCAAGUUCGCCCAGCACGCCUUCCGGACCUUCGACAAGAACAGCGACGGCACCAUCGACUUCAGGGAGUUCAUCUGCGCAUUGUCCAUCACGUCGCGGGGCAGCUUCGAGCAGAAACUCAACUGGGCCUUCAACAUGUACGACCUGGACGGAGACGGCAAGAUCACACGGGUGGAGAUGCUGGAGAUAAUCGAGGCGAUCUACAAGAUGGUGGGCACGGUGAUCAUGAUGAAGAUGAACGAGGACGGCCUGACGCCCCAGCAGCGGGUGGACAAGAUCUUCUCCAAGAUGGACAAGAACAACGACGACCAGAUCUCGCUGGAGGAGUUCAAGGAGGCGGCCAAGAGCGACCCGUCCAUCGUAUUACUGCUGCAGUGCGACCUGCAGAAAUAGGCUGUAGGGGGGGCGAGCGGCCCGCGCUCCGCCAUUCCACCACGGACUGCACAGAAAGAAAUUUCAUGUUCCAUUCAGUUUGCAGCUAUUUCCACUGAAAAAGAAAAAAAAUUAUAAUUAUAUGCUUGGACUACCUGCUUCUUGUGUUUGAAACACUCGUGUGCAUGAGAAUGUUAUUUGCUAUCAAAAGAUCUACAACACAACAUACAAGAGUGUGCGAGGGGCGGUGCAAGAGUGCGGGGACACUGACACCGCAGACGGAUACACACACACAGACACACACAGACACACACAGACACAGACAGACACAGACACACACACAGACACAGACACACACACACACACACACACACACACACACACACACACACACAAAUAAUAUAUAUAUAGAUAUAUAAAUAUGAAUAUAUAUUUAAAAUUAUUUAAAGAUCAACUGCCAAAAUGUGAAGUGUGCAAAGUAUUUUCCAUACAGUUUCAUUCGACCCGGAGCUUUGUGCAUCGGCGAUGUGCUUUCGUUGAAUUUACCGCUACUCUAUUUAUUGUUCCGAGUUUACAGGCGCUAGCCGUGUGUGUGUUCCAUGAUACCGAGUAACGUCGACCGAAACCAAACUCCUACGAUAAUGUAUCCGCCUCUGAUUAGACACUCUAUCCAACCUCGGAGACAGUCGCUCUCCAAGACAUUUGGAUUUAACGUUCGUCCAACUUUUCCUUCCAGAACAUGCUCGUACCGUCGGUAAAAAAAACUAAAUAAAUGUAGUUCAGUUGCAUGCCUUUAGGUUCUGCCUUAAAAAAACAAGAAGAAGCUCCUCACUCUGCAUCCUGUGAAGACAGAAAGGCGGCAACACUCGGCGGGGAGAAAAAGAUUUUUACCGAACAGGGAGGGUCACGCGAGAUAUCGUCAUAACGGGAUGUAAUUUUUUGUGAUCUGUCCAGACGUUUUUUUUUCUUUUGACUGCUUUAACUGUGGGAGCAUGUUUCCUUGUAGAUGUAGGUGUUAGUGUGUGCUGCUAAGAACUAAACACUUAUCUCGUUGCAGAUUAGGAGAUGCUUGGAUGCGGAGGAAUAAUUUCUGAAACAAUAUCUGAAAGAGCUCAGUCGACAGAUCUUUGAAGCAAAUCAAGUGAGAUCAAACAUUGAAAUUCAGGAUUCCAUUGGAGGAUGACGUAUAGCAAAAGAAACGUAUAUUGAGAAGGAAGAAAACAUAUUCAUCUGUAGCUGGAGAGUAUUGUUAUCAAACUGAGUUUGAGCCCCUGUCACCAUCACAUCCACUUUUCUUUUUUCUUCUUCUCCCAAUUAGCCUGCGGGUUUCACAUCAACACGACGAAUCCGGGAGGAGUUUUCUAUUCGAAAAACUCUCUGAGCGUUAAAAAAGACGACAGCAGCCCCCUGCAGCAUCCGAACACUCCUGCUCGUACUUCGUGCUUCACACUGUAACUACUAGAGGACAGCCCCUUGCUGUAAAAGCCAUGUGUUUAGUUAGUAGGCUGAACUAUUCGCCCCCGCCCACCCCCAAAAAAAAUCCAACAACCCUUCUUCAAGCAGUUCUCAGUCAGUCGAUCUUUUUGUACUUUUUUACUCCCGUCUCUCACGCAUUGCACACGUUACCGAGGCAGACUCAACGCAGAGAAGUUCAGCGACGUGCGGCGCCCUCGCCAGAAAAAACGACCUCCUGAGCUCACUCGUGUCUUCGAAUACGUUUACCUGGACCUGUCUGAAAGCACCACCCACCCGCCCCCACACACACACACUUUCCAAAUCCUGCAUACUACAACCAAGUGUUUAAAAGAGCUGAAGGAGAUGUGAUACGUCAUACCAAGACAGGGUUGGCAAUAAAGGCCCAGCAUACCAGUCCAUCGUCGUCCUUUACUCUCUCUCUCUCAGCACUGUGGCUUGUUUGUAUUCUGAACUUCUUUACCAGGCAAAGACAAACAUUUCUAAUUACAAAAACCCUGCAGUCUACUGUUUAUUGCUAUCAAGAUACCAAAUGUAAAGCGAAGGCAACCGUGUACGAGGAUUCUUUUGUAGCAUGUAUUGUGUCCCUGACGACAUGGCUGCACUACUCCCUGUGUUGUGGUUUACUCUAAUAAAAGGAACUCUAUGGGC